AUGAAAAUAACUGAUACAACUUCCAAAAUAAGUGAAAUAAUUUGGGGUCCAAAACCACCAACAAAACAAGAACAAAAAUACUUAUUCAAAACAGAUUUCUUCGUGUUAUCAAUAGUAUGCCUAAUUUACUACAUAAACUAUCAAGAUAGAGUAUCAUUCAAUUUCGCAUAUGUCUCAUCUUUAAAACAAGACCUAAAUAUGCAUGGUAAUGAAUUUAAUAUAGUAAAUACUUGUUUUUACGUGGGGUAUACUAUUGCUAUGAUUCCUCAUAAUUUAAUCUUACUUAAGGUGAGGCCUAGAUAUUGGUUAUGUUUUUGUUCUCUUUGUUGGUCUUUAUUGACAUUGGGAAUGUAUAAAGUUACCAACUAUAAGCAAAUUUGUGUUAUUAGGUUUUUUUUAGGAGUGUUUGAAUCAGUUACUUUUGGUGGUGUACAUUUAAUAUUAGGUAGUUAUUAUGAUGAAUCAAGAUUAUUGAUAAGAACUGCUAUUUUUACUUCUGCUGGAUUAGUGGGGUCAUUAUUUUCGGGAGUAUUUCAAGGUGCUAUAUACAAAAAUUUAGAUGGUCAUUUAGGUUUAAAAGGUUGGCAAUAUUUAUUUAUUAUUGAUUUUGCAAUUAGUGUUGUUAUUAUCAUUUAUGCAUUUAUAUUUUUUCCUGAUUCUCCUGAUAUUGCUAAACCUUUUUAUUUUACUAGUGAAGAACAGGAGAUAGCGAUGACAAAGAUGAAACAGAAUCGACCUGAAAAGGAUGAGUUUAGUUGGGCUAUACUUAAACGAGUUUUGGGGAAAUGGCGUUUUUAUUUGUUUUCGUUUUUAUGGGUUUUAGGUGGUGAGAAUGAAUCAUUUGCUACUAAUUCUAUAUUGGCUUUAUGGUUAGCUGAAAAUGAAUAUACUGUAUUACAAAGAAAUCAUUAUCCAUUAGCUAUCUAUGGAAUUGGAAUAUUUGCAACUAUUAUAUCAGCAAUAAUAAUUCAAAAUAUAAAAUCAUUUAGAUCUCAUUUCUUACUAGGAAUAGUGAUUGGUUUAUUUGUCGUUAUAGCGUCUGUGGUACAUGUAAGUAAUCCAUUGUCUGAUGUAUCAGUAUUUGUUGGUCAAUAUUUAUCAGGAACUGCCUUUGCUGCACAAACCGUAUUUUUCGCUUAUGCUAAUGUUAUAUGUCAUAAUGAUUUACAAGAAAGGGCUAUUGUUUUGGCUUCAAUGAAUAUGUUUAGUAAUGCAGUUAAUGCAUGGUGGUCAAUAUUGUUUUAUGGUGCUGAUACUUUUCCAUUUAAAAAGGGAUGUUGGGCAUUAUUGGGCACUGGUGUUGCUAGUAUAUUUGUUGUGUUAAUAAUAAGGUUUUUGGAAGUUAGAGAAAAUAAACAAAUCAAAGUGAGAGGUAAUGGAGAUAUGGAAGAGGAGGAUGGUAGUUCUCAUAGAGAUGAAGUUGAAGUAAUAGAUGGAAUAAGUCAUAACGGAAAAAUAGAUAGUGAAAAAUACUCCAAGAAUGUAUAG